ACUUAGCUUUUAGGUUUUAUCCGGGCAGCAACUCAUUUGAGUUUCAAAAUUUUAGGUUUUAUUUGAUAUUGCAGAAAAAACAUGGCGCGUGUGCCUUUGGGACCUGGUCCGGGAGCUUACGGGUUGCCACCGACUUUGGGAUAUGAGAAACAUGACAACCGAAAGCUGCGCAUGCCGCAAUAUUCAUUUGGGGCCCGUACAACUAUGUUAGGCCCAGAUCCGGGACCUGGACCAGGUGCCUAUCAGGUAGACAAGCUGACGCGCUAUGGCGUAGGUCGUGGCGCUGAAUACACAAUGGCUCCCAUGACAAAAAUUAUUGACAAAAGAGUCGCGCCCGGCCCCGGGGCACAUGAUGUACACGUAAAGCCGUUUUUCAAAGGUGUUACUGCACCGGCAUAUUCCUUGGGAAAGCGGAAUGAAUUCAGUUUUAAGAAAAUUGGACCCGGACCCAGUGCGUACAAAUUCGAAGUCAGCCCUAUAAGGCCAGCGGCACCAGCCUAUAGCAUGGGCAUGCAAGCUAAGAUUAAUCGGAAGGCGGACUCACCGGGACCUGCGGCUUAUGCUGCCGAUGACCUAAAUCUUAAAUUAAAUCGCGCGCCUGUGUAUUCAAUGAGGCCGACUUGUUAUAUUCGUGGAGAGAAUGUUGGUCCUGGUCCAAAUUAUUAUGAUUUGAUGUAUUAUCGUCCAGGACGGACGGGCCGCGCGUAUUCAUUUGGAGUGCACCACUCGCCGUAUGCUCCACCUAUGAUAGUCAGAUGUGAUAAUAUGUAAUUGCAAUAUUAGAAAACUGUGUAUUAAGAAAUAAAGUUAAACUAAAAACCGA